AUGGCGCACCAGGCGACGCAGAUGUUUGACGACCAACUGGCCCUUAUAAACUGCCUUCCCCAAUUAAAUACACUUCGUAUGGCCGGAAAGCUCACAGAUUUGACCAUUGAACUAAAAGACAACGUAAAGAUGCAUGCACACAGGAUUGUUUUGGCUUCCCGCGUGCCCUCGUUGUGUAAUACACUGUGUGAAUCGCAUACGAAAGGCCAGGAUGCGGUACUCAAGUGGCCCACAGUUUCUUCAGAAAUCGCUACACCGUUCAUGCAUUAUAUAUACACAGGACAACUUGAAGUCCACGAAGCGAAUGCGGCUGGGCUGAUUGUGCUCUCACAACAGCUCCUAAUGCCUCACGUGGAAGAAUGGGUUGUGAGUUAUAUGGCCACUAGGUUGAAUUCCGAAGACAUAAAAAAUCGCUGGGACCUUUCACAGUUGCUGAAGAGUGACCAUUUGAGAAACGCCUGCCUUCAGUACAUCAAGAAGACAUUCGAUAUAAUAGCUGUGAGUGAUUUUUUCAUCCAUCUACCACCUGACGCCGUCCUGUCCCUGUUGCGGGCAGAUGACCUUCAGGUGGAUAGCGAAGAGAGUCUCUUCAAGGCAAUUGGAAAAUGGGUUAGUCCACUCGGGGAAGUGGAUGAAACACGAGUGGUGCACGCGGCAGCUAUGAUGAAGGAAUUGCGGUGGCGCCAAGUGGAUGCCAACUUCCGAUACCGUUUAUAUGAUGAGGAUGGCUUUUGGAAUACAAAUGUGGAAUGUUUGUAA